UGCGUCAUCAAACCGGAAAUAAAGUUCGAUUCAGUUCGAUUUUGUGAACCGGUUACUUCCUGCUCAAAAGAAUGAUUCGUUCAAGAAUCAUAUGCACGCUGCAGCUGAAGUGACUGCGGAGUGGAUGUGUGUACGAUAACCUUCAGCUGAGAAAGAGGAUCCUAAUGCAGAAAUGAGUGACCAUCUCCUCAACCCACUGACCGUCAUCUGUGCGGGAUCCUGCUUCGCCUUCUCUGGCCUGUUUUAUAAACUAUAUUCAGAUAAAAGACAAGAAGUACAGAAGCUGAAGGAGAUCCCAAGCUUUCAAGCAGACCAUCAUCUGCUCAGGAUUCUCAAUGCAUCGUCCAACAAGAGACUUCAUUAUGUUGCUGUAGAAGGAUUGGUGCAGGCCAUCGGAGAGCCCAUUUCCAGCCAGUACGUGCCCCGCUGUCAUGGUGUCAUCCAGAAGAUAACCGUGCACGAGCAUUGGAAAUACUGGAACUCUGUGCUGAAAACAUGGGUCUCCAAAAUAGUGAACAAGCAGCAGACCACCAACACCGUGCCCUUCAGCUUGGUCCAGCCCGGCUCGUACACCAGCGAGGUGUCUGUGCGCGUGGAGUCUCCUCUGGAGGCGAGCGGUGAUUACCUGGAGCAGGUGCACAAGCGGCUCAGACAGGCCAAAGAGGGGCUGAUGGACGCAGUGGUGCGAGAGCUGAGCGGAGAGAAGCCUGUGGCCCUCGAGGAGCGAGAGGAGCUGCUGCGUGUGGGAUCGCCCCUCACCGCAUUCGGGGAGCUGGUUCUGGAGCAGGACAAGAUCAUGAGGCUACAGCCGCCCAAAGACGGCCGCAGCUACGUCCUGAUCCCCAGCGAUUACAAGAGCUUCAUACAGCGGCACGAGAACAGCGCCAACAUGUGGAGCGGCUUGACGGCGCUGUUCGGAAUAACAGGGUUAGCGCUCAUAGCUGGUUUCAUCCACGGUGCAAUUAACAAGGAUAAAAAGAACUAGCUGACCGAGUCAUUAGGAA